CAUUAAAUUUGCUUCAUUCCCCGGUGUCGUUUUGAGCUGACAACAUGAAGUAUUUAUUUCCUCUGAUUUUAUUUACUUUUGGGUUAUGUGGGGCGCGAGUUGUGCCUGCGACGGAUAGUAUUGUUGUACCUGAUCGUACUGACGUGAAGGAGAGGGCUCCUUUAAGUUAUACGUGCAAGUUCCGGACCCUGCAAGGUGGUGAUGCAUACCCAUCCGUGGUGGUGCGCUGGCACGGACAGAUUCAAAGGAUGACGUGGGACUCCGCUGGUGAAGUGACGUACGAACAGAACUAUGUGUACCCGGCUGCCUUCCACGUUUACCCGUCUUCUGAUGGUCUCUCGGGAGGAUCGUCUCAGGCCCCUUCUGAUCCCUUCCCCGAUGCGCCAGUAAUUCCAGACGAAUAUGUAUUUGAAGACAUCGUGGAAUCAUUCAAACGUGAUUGUAAGCGACCUUAUUGAAUAUUGUAAUGCGAUAAAUAUAAUAGUGCUUGCAGA